AUGGAUGAAGGGACGACUCGAACUCCAGAAGUCCAGAGCCGACCUGACAGCAAUGGUUUCUGGCAUCAAGAUGAAGACGGAGGCUACACCUUCUGGAGCAAAGCCACUGAUGGCGAAUACUACACCCAAGAUCAAGCCGGCACCUUUUGGGCUUGGUCCGACUUUGAAGAUGAUCAAGUGUGGUGGUCAGCCACGCCGGAACAGCAAAAGGAGAUCUCCGAGGCCUACGCCAACUAUGAAGGAAAGGUGAGGUCCUUUGCAGAAUCCCGUGCCCUUCUACGUCAGAAGAACUUGAGCAGAGGUUUCUACCCGAAGAAGGGCAAGGGCAAAGGAAAACCAUCGAGCUUCUCCAAGGGCAAGGGUGCAAAGUCGGCUCCAAUGCCCACUUUCGUUGUGGAGAGCCCCGGACCUUCGAAUGAUGUGUUUGCAACUUCCGGAACUCCAGGCAGUGCUGGCUACACCGGAUGCUUCGUGUGCAGAAGUAAAGGUCACACCUUCCGCAACUGUCCUUCUCGCUCAAACACCUCAUCUUCUUCAAAGGGUUCUGGGAAGAUCUUCAUGGUCGCUGAGGUUGAAGAGCCCUAUGAAUCUGAGAUCCCUGAAGUGAGCCCUAGAAUGGACAUCCCUCAGAUUCUUUCCUCUGAGGUCUUGCAGCCAGAACUUCAAGGGUAUGGUGUCCUUGACACUGGCGCCACGGAAUCAGUGAGUUCCUUAGCGGCCCUGGAGUUCAUCCACCUCAGGAGGACCGAGUUGCUUGGGCAUGGAAACCAUGUGACUGUGAUCCCAGGGCCUCAGAAGAUGUUUCGUUUUGGAAACGGUUCCCUUCAGUUCAGUGAAUCCUAUGUGCACCUGAAACAAACUGUUGGCCCUCAUGAGAUUGAUCUUGGCGUGUUCACGCUGGAUUCGAAAGGAGUGCCUUUGUUGAUCGGAGUUCGGACACUUGAGAGGCUAGGUGCGAUCAUAGAUGUUCACCAGAGUAUCCUGGUGUUGAAGACGGUGGAUCCACGACUGGUGAUCCCCUUGAGACGGUCUAGAACAGGCCAUUUACUGUUGGACUUGUGCUCGAAUUGGCUGGAUGGAGGGGCAAGAAUCCUCUUCAUGCAAGAUUCUGCUGAAGCUGACGCUGUUGAAGGUGAAAAGAUUUUCGUGAUUCAAGAGGAGUUUCCUGCAGUCUUGCUUCAUGAGAAGCAAAUGCUCGAGGUGACGAAUGCCGCUGGGACGUUCGAAGUGGAUGUCAACCGGUUCGACACCGACCGGAUGUGCGGCCCGGAUCACCGGGACCCCAGGCUCCUUGGGGAUCCUUGCCAAGGAACGCACGACCCAGCUCCUCCGGGUCGCGGCUCACCGACGGGCUCCAACGCCCAUGCAUACUGGGCGGCAUGCAAUCGAUGCCAACUCCGGCUCUUGUAUGUCCCCAGCUACGGAGCUCACGGCCUGACAAGAGCAGCAGGUCCGUUACCUUCGGACACGGCAGCCAAGGUGAAGGAGUUGGGAAACUCAGCGGCCUACAGCCCAGAGAUGCGCAACAAGAACGUGGGCCUGGACGCUGCCGAGAAUUCCUUGAUGAAGCGCUUGGAAGUCAUCCGGGCUCAGAAGGAGCAACAUCGUCAAGGCAAGCCGGAGACGAAACCAAAGGCCAAGGCAACUCAGGGCUACAUCAAGGAAGAGCCGCCGAGAGAUCCGGAAGUCAUGAGCCAGACGCCUGGUCGGAAGGCUCGCAAACCCGAAGAUGCAGCAGAGCUCCUGGAGUACCAGAACCGGAGUUCAGAAGCUUCAUGGAGCAUCGCUGGAACUCCACCUUCCCCCCGACCAGACGUAGGCGAGAUCCAGUACAAGGCCGAAGAAACUUUGGAUCUUGGAGCAGUGCUUUCAAAGUAUGACAUCAUUCACAAGAAUGUGGACAUGGAUCCUCGCACUGUGCUCUUACAGAAUGACACGGUCCUUGAGAAUUUGGCCAUGGCAAUGAGCAGUGAUCUCCAACAGAAUGAGUUCGUCCCUGACAAUGACGACAUCGAGAAUGAGGUGCCUGACUAUCUGCUCGAACCUUUGAGGUACUAUGAGGCUCCGGGAGAGGAGCAGUUGACCGAUGAUGAGCACGGAUAUGGUCCAGAAAAGUUAGAAGAUUUGGCACCGGAAGACCAGAACUUCAUCGAGGAGACGCUGCAAGAGAAAAGGUGUUUCAAUGAGUUCCUGAACCAGUCAAGAGUUUUUGGGGCACUUGAAGUGAAGAUUGACAGAGAAGGCCUCAAGACCCUCACUGAAAAAGAGCUCGCUCAUUUGGCUGAAACGGCCUUGAAACUUCAUCGCCUUUGUGGACACCCCGGAAGUCAUGCAUUGGUCCGCACUCUCGCGGCCAAAGGAGCUGAUGGGAAGCUGCUCGCCGUUGCCGAGCAGUUGAAAUGCAUGGAGUGCCUUGAGGGCACAAUGAAGAAGCCAUCGCCCAAGGUGUCUUUGGAGAAAGAGCAGAAGCUGUGGCGAACCCUCCAGAUCGACGCCUUCGUCCUUAAGAAAGGUGAUGCAGUACACCACUUCCUCCUGAUGCUGGAUGAGGCUUCGGGUUUCUCUGUGGUUCAUGAGAUGAUGUCGCACAGUGAUGAACAGCAUGAGAACAUCACAGCACAGGCCACUCUGGAUGCUUUAGUUCAAUGCUGGUUUCAAUAUUUUGGCACCCCAGCUUGCUUGCGAUGUGAUUUGGAAGGAGCUUUCAGAGGUGAUCUUUUGGAAUCUUUCUGCAAGAGCCGCGACAUAGAGCUUUCCUUCGUGCCUGCCGAACAUCAUGAAGCAACUGGAGAUGUAGAGCGAGCAAUCGGAGAACUGAAGAAGAAGAUGCUGGCAUACCUCCGGCAGGACAAUUCUGCUGAACCACGCCUUGCUGCGUACGAGAUGUGCGCUGCACAUAAUCGUUUUGCUCGCGUGAGUGGUUUUUCACCAAUUCAAUGGGCUUUUGGCCGAGAUCUUUCUGAUGAUCCUGGACUCGCGACUUUGAGCGCAGCUGGUGAUCCAACCUCAGAGAUGAACAAGAACCUUCAGCUAAGACUUGAUGCUGAGGCUCACUAUCGAAAGAUGCAGGCUAGGGCAAAGAUCUCUCAAAUCAGAGAGACUUCAGAUGAUUCCGAAGAAGAGCUCAUCCCUGUUCCAGAGGAGUCAAGACCUCUGAACCAGAGCGAGAUGCCGCCAGAAGAACGGGAGACGCCCAUGGACGUUCAACGUCUUCUACAUGAUCCGGCCUACAUGCCAAUGAAGAGGACUUCCACGGAAGACCUGGGGGCCAAGAGAAGUGAGUUUCUUCGAGCUCGGCAUCAGCAUGAGAUGGCAGACAGGAACUUCGCCCCAUCGUCAUAG